CUGAAGAUCAGGCCACAUACAUCUAGACAUCACGCGAAGUAUGCGAGGAAAUCACAUUAUUGUCACAAGUCUACGAGCCAAGGGCGGCGUUUUCCUUCUAAAAUCAACUCCACUAUGGAAGACCUUGUCGUGAAAAUCAUCGUCAUUAUUGGACUAUUUUGUAUAACUCUAAUUUGCGGAAUUUUGCCGUAUAAGAUCGGCCAUGGCGGGCGACGCAGACAACAAGCUCUUUCGCUAUGCAAUUGUUUCGCUGCCGGUGUAUUCUUCGCUACAAGUUUUCUGGACUUGUUACCAAUGAUCCGCGAAAAGUUCAAGCAAGCUUUUGCAGAGGCAAAUAUCACUAGUCCAUUCCCUAUUCCAGAAUUUACUACGUGCUUCGGCUUCUUUGUGGUUUUGAUAGUCGAACAAGUUGUCCAUUCGUGUCACAAGAAAGCGAGAUUUUUCCAUGGACACAGUCAUGUCGAAACCACUGCACCGCUUCUCGGAACCCCCCCUCAAAACGGCUACGGCAACAAAGAACGCUCCGAGGAUUCCUUUACACCGCUGAACGAGAGAGCGCACCAGAUCAAUUCACAGGAACUAGCCGAAGUUGAUUCAACAUUAAGAACAUAUAUCCUAGUGGUUGCCCUUUCUUUGCAUUCCAUUUUCGAGGGGCUAGCUUUAGGGCUGUUAGUUGAGGUCGAUCGCUUAGUGCAAAUCGCUGCAGCAGUAGUCAUUCAUAAAAGUAUUAUCGCAUUUUCUAUGGGAGUUAGUAUGGUGAAACACGAUAUGCCGUUACGAGUGAUUGUAAAUGCAUCAUUUUUGUUUUCUGCUAUGGGGCCAUUGGGUAUUGGCAUAGGUAUCGCUGUGUUAAAGGAAUCUACUCAUUUUUCAAGCAAUCUCUCUUCUGCCAUAUUACAAGGCAUUGCGAAUGGGACUUUUAUAUACGUGACAUUUUUCGAGAUCCUGCAAAAUGAACUGAAAGGCCACGGCAAAAAGUUGCUGAAGUUGCUGUUUAUGGUGAUUGGAUUUUCAGUCGUCUGCGGAUUACUGUACUUCGCUAACUACAUGGAGCGCAAACCACAUCCUGUACUCCCUCACACCACAGUUGCUACAAAUGGCUUAGGUUAUAUACCUUACUUCUGAUUUUUACAAGACUAUCAGUAGAAAAUCAAUACCUUAGCAUUUACUAUUCUUGACUCAGUCUUGCCUUUUUUGGAUUACUUGUUAUUUGCAGAUAUUUUUUGUUAUUUACGUACUAUUUUAUUUGGUCUAAAUGUUGAAAACCAUUCCUGGUAAAUGGGGCGAAAAACGCGCCAGAAAAAUUCUUAAUUGAUUUGAUUGAAGGAUCAAAUCGUUCUGCUUAAUCACUGGAAAAAAAAGGAUUUCCACUAAGGUAUUGAAGUUAGAGUCAGCUUGUGACUCAGACAAAAGCCCACUUUUAUAUAUACGAAUUUCUUGUGACAAACAUGUCUAAAGAUUUUACCAAGCAAGUAACCAAGGGCAAGCCACUAGAAAAGUGACCAUGUUCCUAGAGAUGUCAUCCAUUCUUCUAACAUCCACAAAGACUAUUACUCCUGGAAACCCUCAGAACUCUAAUAUUUUAUUCUGAUUUAUCAGUAACAAUGCUAAGCAAAUGAAUACACUUCUUAUCUGCCAUGAUAAUGAGGAUGUUUAAAUUUUCAGAAGAAAGUUAGUUUUUUGAUUAGGUCUGAUUAUAUCCGGUUUGUCUA